AUGGCUCAAGCUCUGACAGCUACAGAUUUGCAGGGUGCUUUGCCCCUUGUCGCCAGAGGCAAGGUCCGCGAUCUCUAUGAAAUCGACGAUAAGACUCUUCUCUUCGUUGCGACUGACCGCAUCUCCGCCUACGAUGUGAUCAUGGAGAAUGGUAUCCCUAACAAGGGUGUUCUCCUCACCCUCUGCACGCAGACGUGGUUCAAGGCCCUGACGGAAGCCAACCCCUCCCUCCGCACCCACUUCAUCACCCUCGACCUUCCGCCCCAGAUCCCAGAAUCCCUCCGCCCUGUCUUGCAGAAUCGCAGUAUGCAAGUGCGCAAGCUACGCAUUCUCCCCAUUGAGGCAAUCGUCCGCGGAUACAUCACUGGCUCGGCAUGGAAUGAAUACAAGAAGUCCGGGACUGUGCAUGGAAUCCAGGUUCCCGCCGGUCUGCAGGAAAGUCAGGCUUUCCCCGACGGACCUAUCUACACCCCCAGCACCAAGGCGGAGCAGGGCGAGCAUGAUGAGAAUAUUCAUCCGGAUCAGGUACACAACGGGACGAGACCUCCACCUAACAUGUCAUUCACAGCUGUCACCAUCUUGGGCGAGCCCUACGCCUCGACUGUUGCCAAGAUGGCCAUUGAGCUCUACAAGACAGCGCAUGAGUACGCCCUCGCGCGGGGUGUAAUUAUCGCCGAUACCAAGUUUGAGUUUGGAGUCGACGAGGAAACUGGUGAUGUCGUGCUGGCUGAUGAAGUCCUGACGCCCGACUCCUCUCGCUUCUGGCCUAAGGAAACUUACGCUGUCGGUCGCGGCCAGGCCAGCUUUGACAAGCAGUUCCUGCGUGACUGGUUGGUCAGUGAGGGCCUUAAAGGUAAGGAGGGUGUGCGCAUGCCUGAUGAUAUUGCGCUUAAGACAGCGGAGAAGUACAAGGAGGCCUGGGAGAAGCUCACUGGCGGUAAAAUCUAG